AUGAGGCACCAUCAGGAGCAUUACGAGACAACCAUAAGUCAGAAGCCUCCAAUAACGUUAAACCACAACAUAUUACUACAUGGAUCUCGGAAGUUUUUAAAUCGUAGCGACGAAGGUGGAAAGGAGGGCUACUGUUGCGACCGCAGCACCGAAACUGGAGACAAGCUUCUUGUCAAGAGCGCGAAGGUGCUUCAGGGAUGCAACUCUGCCGGUUUUAGUCGAGUAGUACUUUGCAACAACGAAGAGAGCCUCGGUGUGAGCCAACAUUGCCUUGUUGUAGAGUUCAACGGUGUCGUUGGAGGUCUUGAUAACAGCUUCGAUCUCAGCCUUGUUGUCGGUGCCCUUGGCCUUCUCGUCCAAAGCCUUCUUAGCGGCGUCAACCUUUACCUUGGCAGCGGUGAACAGCUUAACGGCCUCAUCGAAAGCAUCAAUCUUGACCUUGCUAGCCAACAAUCCGGUGUCCUUCUCGUAGGCCUCGUCCUUCUUCAGCCUCGCGACUUCGGUCUUCAGGUGGUCGUCGGAGGUGGUGACGGUCUUAACCCACUCUUCAGGGGUGGAGUCGUCAAGCUUGGCUUCGUCGGCGUAGACUUCGGCGAAGCAGAGUGCGGCAAAUCCUGCCAAGAGGAGAGCAACCUUCUUAAAUGCGUUCAUUGUGAUACAAUAUGCGGAUAUAUAAUAUUAUAA